AUGUCUACGACUCUUCACAACAAACGAGUUCCGGCUCUAGGACGUCUCUGGUCCAUGUUUGGCACGGGAUCAUGGGACCGGAGCCCUUCAAACCCCAAGCUCAAGUGCGACGAUGACGACGAGAAUUCCUCCAAGUCCCUGACUCUUCAACGACCCCUUCUCCCCGCCGGAAGUGUCAUGGGGAACAUAUCCACCGUGAUCUACCUCCUCUGGGAAUUCUCCAAGAACGACAUCUUCACCUUUUCUCUCCCGUGCACCAUCUUCGGUGUUGCGCUCUCCCUCGCCAAAGAAGCCACAACCACCCCUAGCACCCCCUCCCUAGGCCAAGUCCUCUCCCGACUUCCCGCCAUCUGUCUCUUCCAGCUCUACAGCCUCCUCCUCUUCGACCUCGCCAACCAGCGCCACCCCAUCGCCGUAGCCGAGGACCUCAUCAACAAGCCGUGGCGUCCGAUUCCCUCCGGUAAAAUCACGUCCGACCAAACCCGCCGCUUAUUCCUCUGCUUGGUCCCCAUCGCCAUGGCCCUCAACUACGCCCUGGGCGUCUGGCACGAGGGUCUGCUCGUCCUCAUCGUCAUCUUCGUCUACAACGACCUCGGCUGUGCCGACGAGCCCGUCUUUCGCGACAUCUUGCUCGGGAUCUCGUAUGGCAUCUACCACGUCGGAUCACUACGAAUUGCGCUCGGACUGGGACAGCAUGCCCAGAGAGAAGCGGGAAUCAACGUUAGCAUGGCGGAUGUCAUCAGCGCUCGCGGAUAUGCGUGGACGGCGAUCGUUAGCGCGCUGAUUGCCACUAUGAUUUCUAUCCAGGACUUGAAGGACCAAGAUGGUGAUCGGGCGAGAGGAAAUCGCACGACUAUUCCACUGUUGAUCGGCGAGACGGCGUCGCGGUAUCAGUUGGCGGCGACGGCCCUAACGUGGGCGGUCGUGGGAGUCGUGUUUUGGAAGACGCCGGUGUGGUACGCCGCGCCGUUUGUUGGGUUUGCUGGAUAUAUCGCGUGGAGGCUGCUGGCAAGGAGGAAUAAGGUCGAUGAUGAGGUCACUUGGAGGAACUGGUGCCGGUGGACGAUGAUGGUGUACUCGUUGCCGGCGGUGAGUGCGUUGAGUCAGUGA